AUGGCUACCUCACAGACAAAUCCUCAUCAAAAGAGAAAGAUCAUCAUCUUCUCUGACUUCGACGGCACAAUCUUCCUCCAAGACACCGGCCAUGUCCUAGUCGACAACCUCGGUUGCGGCGCAGCCUACCGCAACAAACUCGAAGAACAAUUCAAGACCGGCGAACGCACUUUCCGCGAAAUUUCAGAUGACAUGUGGGGAUCCCUCACCAUCCCCUUCGGCGACGGCUUCGAACUCAUGGAAAAACACCUCAAACUCGACUCCGGCUUCCGCGAAUUCCACCAAUACUGCGUCGCCGAAGGCUUCCCCUUCAACGUAAUCAGCGCAGGCCUAAAACCCGUUCUCCAGCGCACCCUAGAUCUCUUCCUAGGCGCAGAAGAGGCCUCCUCAAUUGAAAUCGUCGCAAACGACCUAGAUGCUCCAGGCGGUAUCCCCUGGAAACCCGUCUGGCGCGACAAUACCGACUCAGGCCACGACAAGGGCGCGAGCGUGAAUCAAGCGCGCGAAAAAGCCCAAGCUGAAUGCGAGCCCGAUGAAAUCCCGCUAAUUGUAUUUAUCGGCGACGGCGUGUCUGAUCUUGCCGCGGCGCGUGAAGCAGAUGUUCUCUUUGCUCGACGGGGUCUGCGACUCGAAGAGUACUGCAUCGAACAUGGGAUUGAGUAUACUCCUUUUGAUGAUUUCUCGCAGAUCAAGAAGGAGGUUGAGGCUAUUAGUCUUGAGGAUCAGCGGAAGACGGGUGGUGUUGGGAAACCGGUGCGGUAUAACCCGCGUGCGAAUAUGUGGAGGAGGAUUUCUAGUAAGGAAGCUGUUCCGACGCUUUUGGCUACGGCUACGCCUUCGCAGGAUGAAAAGAUGGCGCUUUGGCCGGAUUAUUUCUCGCAGCCUAAGCAGCCGGAGACAAUUAAGGAAUAG